AUGUUUUUAGGCGACCACGGCGUUGGUCCGUUGGUCAAGGUAAACUUAUCCGGCUGUCCAAGCACAGCCCCCUGUUUUCGCGACAUGGUCGUUUCAUCGUCGUGUCCCAUUCUACAGGAAAUCAAGAUCAACAUCUUUAUUACGUAA